CCGAGUAGAGGAGGAGGCAACAUAGUCUGACUCCAGCUACUGACACACGUUUAUGAGCAAAUGGAUACUCCAUGGCUUCUCAUGGUCAUCUUCAUGGUGAUAACCUCAUCUGAAUAUUCAGAUACAGCUGAGUACCACUGUGAGGAUCUAGAUCUAGAACCAUAUAACCUUCUUGAAGGUGAAGCAUUUUAUAUUGUUCCUUAUGGUGUGUCAGACAACGAAUCUGAUGAAUUCUUGUGGUACAAAAACAGUUCUCAGAUUGACCUUAUAUCUACUAACGAGACAGAGAGUGUUCAUUUCCACCGUGGCAAACUUUUUAUGUUAAACCUCACCACUGAGAACUCUGGCUUUUACACUCUUCGACAAAAACAAUCAUCUGGAAAGUGCUACAACCAUCAUGUAAAAGUUGAAGUCUUCAGAGAAAAAAUGGCCAUGGAACUCCUCUAUGUAGAAAUCCACAACUCUGACGUCAACAAAAAAAUUGUGUGUCCAGAUACUGUUUGUGAAACAUGUGAAACAUUUGAAGGGAAACUGACUUGGAUGAAGGAUUUCAUUCCUAUUCAAGGUCAUGAAAAAUUCCUGUGGGUUUAUAAUUCUACCAAAAGUGAUGAGGGCAUCUACACCUGUGCUUGCACCUGGACAUACAAUCACAAGGUGUACAAGUCAUCAGGCUCCAGGAGGCUAAGACUUAAAGAUAUAGUUGUCCCUCAUAAACCAGAAAUCAUCCCUCCAACUAACAAGGAACUGUUUGCUGAAGGAGGCUCUGAGAUCAAGUUGAAGUGCUCAGUGUACUGUGGGAUUAAUGUGGAAGAUAACUGUGAUGCUAGUUGGUACAUCAAUGAAAUCCCUUCCAUCCAGAAAGUUGGAUACAAUCAAACCAAGAAUAUAUCCGUCGACUCACUGAAGAAUACAUUCUCGACUGCAAUCCUGAGCAUUGAGAGCGUGUCUUCUCAAGAUUUCCAGACUGAAUUUAAAUGUGUCGGAAAAGGCACUUAUGAGGAGGUGUCUCAAACUUUCACUCUGAAGCGGAGAGAGUCAAUAAUCCCACUCAUCAUUAGAGCAGUGUGUGUGUUGUGCUUCUUUGUGCUUGUCGCUGUGCUGGUCAAGUACACUGCCAUCGACCUGUCUCUCUUCUUCAGACCCUACCUUGCACUAAGAAAUCACAAAACAGACGAGAGGGUGUAUGAUGCUUACGUGGUUUAUCAAACGCAAAGCAUGGACAAAGCGACUGAGGACAGACUUUGUCAGUUCAUCACAAAAACGUUGCCCUAUGUCCUUGAGGAAAAGUGUGGAUAUCGACUCUUUAUCCACGGGAGGGACGACACACCCGGAGAAGACCAUCUGCAGCUGGUGGAGGACUGUAUGAAAGAGAGCAAGAGGCUGAUGGUUAUUCUCACCCCGUGUUCAGGGUCUGAAAUCACAGACCAACGUAACGCUUCAGGCCAGGGUGCAGUUAUAGGAGGGUUUGCCUGGCAGUUGGGGCUCCACCAUGCGCUGAUCCAGAGGGAAAUGAAUGUGAUUCUGAUACAGCUUGGGGACAUUGGGCCAGAGGGAUACACACACCUCCCUCUAGGAUUGCAGCACUUGAUUCGCAAAAGUGCCCCCAUUAGAUGGCCAGAGGGCUCACGGGAUGCUGCUGCACGGAAUUCACGCUUCUGGAAGAGAGUGCGAUACUUGAUGCCUGCCAUACCUGCCAAAAGAACACAGAAACCUCUUGAAACCAUUAUAGGCUCCAGUCCCAGUGAGAGAUAGGUGUGGGUCUUUCUCAAGCUCAGGUCCUCUGGUACCUGAGCUUGAGCAUAUAUAUAAAUAUAUAUAUAGAGAGAGAUAUAUAUGGAUGAGCUGUUGGGGAGCUGAUUCCUGAUUUUCUUAUUUUCUCUUGUGGAUUCAUUUUUUAUUUAUUUUAGAAGUUUAAUGGGUCUGGAGCCUUCUGUAUAUCGUGUAGGUUGUUCUUUUUCUUAAAAGUAAGAAAAAAUGCAUAAUUGGAUAACUACAGACUCUCCCAGCCUUGUUGGUUAUUUUUACACAAUAAACUACACCUGGGAGAAAACAUAAAUAAAUACAAUUUUACUGGUGUAAUUAUUUCCUAAGAAAAGGAAUGAGUGGUUCCAAAAAGACCAUAUUUGAUUUUCAGAUUCUUCUAAGUAUACAUAUCUGUUUUUCUAAUUUUUCUUUUUCAAAUAUUUGACAUGAUUUAAUUUUAUGAAUGUAAUUUAUGCCACCAAUAGGUGAAGGAGGAUGAAGGAGCAGUUCACAAUAUGUCUGUUUACUAAUAAAAAUACAAUGGAAUUUG